UGUAGUAAUGAAAAAUUUACCACACACUGCUCCCAAUCCAGUAGGCAGUUAUUACCAAAUCAAUACCAGUACUGAGUACAUAGGUAUAUAUGUGUACAAAUUUAUGUGACUCUACAAGAUUUUUAGCAGCGUGGCGUACCAGAAAUACGUUGCAGAUAUAAAAAAAUAGCACUACCACAAAAUGCAUUACAUCUUCCUCUUCAUCUGCUUGUGAUAAACCGUGCACGCUUUGUGAAACUGUUUUGUGGUAUUUUAAGAAAUCGAUGUGUACAUAAUAGCGAUAUCUCGACAUCAUUCACUUUUUGCGAAGUACAUAUUUACUAAAUACGUUUAGUGUGUUUUUUGCCUUCCUGUUGAACAUUAUCACAACAAAAUAAUUUAAAAAACAUUAAAAGUGCAUACAUAUGUAACUGUUCUGCUUGGAUAAUUAACAGAAUUGAUUUCUGGAAACCCUUCAAGAAGACUCAAGGAGCAAGCGUUUUAAAUAAUUGGAUUUGAUCUGCUUUGUAAAGGGUUAUAAUUAUUGCACAAAACAGUGGCCGCGGAAGCGAUGGGGACAUCUGGGGGCAAUAGCAUUGUAGAAUAGGGUAGAGAGGGGUUUAUAUAACAUAGACAGAUUAUGCGGCCAUAUCGAAUAACUCUGGUACAUUGUCCCUCUGUCCCCACCCUUCCGCGGCCACUGUCAUAACGCAAGGUAGAUAAGUACCAACCCAUCAAAACGAUCUUAGUUAUAUAACACGCGAUCUGCAAUCUGCCAUGUGUUCAUAAUUGCUGUCAUGUCAUGUUUUAUUGACACGACACCUGCACAGCAAAGAAGUAUGUAAAUUACAACAAUUCAUAAUUUUAUUACAAGUGGCUCAAUCACAAAAGACAUUUGGAACUGUAUAGAUUCUCAAUUUACAAUAGUGCCCACAUUUUCAUUUAUGUACAUAAAUAGAAAUCAUUUUUUAGCUUGUGAUUGUGUUUCCAGCAUGGAUUUGGUUCAGUGCACGUUCCGCUUUUUAUCCGAUUUUCUGGAUGCAGGCAGAGAUUCCAUAAAUGAGAUAAAAGUCAAACAAAACGUAAAAAAGUGUCACAAAUAAAAUAAAAUCUAGAGAUUUGACCUUGAUCAAUUGAACGAACGGGUACCAAUUCCAUCAAAAAACUCAAAUUGCAUCACUGCAAGAAUGACAGCCAAAGGAGUGACAGGUGCUGCGGAAUGGUGGACUUUGUUUCUUCUGGGGUGUACUUAUUCCACUGGGGAACUGGGGCAUUUUUUACUAGGGUCCGUUUCUCGCCCCAUGGCGCAAGAACUACAUUUCGGAGAUAAAGCAUGUCUCAAAAAUAAUGAAGUGACCAAUAUCAGUUCUGCCACGUGUUCCGGUAUCGUUGACGAAGUAACAUGCCUCAAUGUCACGGUCACCACGGUCGUCAGUUCGUCCGAAGUUAUGCACAUCUGCAAAUGGGACUACAAUGGACUGGGUUUAGAAUACCAUAUCUUAGCCGGGCCAGCUUUCAUACUCGUUUUUACUAUUACAGCUUUAGGCUGGGGUUAUCUGGCCGAUAAGAAAAACCGAGUUCGAUGUUUCUCUUUGGCCACCUUCUUUUUCAGCUUGGCAAUUUUGGGGACAUCAUUCGCUACAGAGUAUUGGCACGUGUUUGUAGCACGGAUGUUUCUGGCUGCGUGGGAAUCAUCCUGCGUACCUUUGGCCACGACCAUUAUCGCGGACCUGUUUCCCAAAAGGAAUCGAGGUUUGGCCAUGGGGAUUUUCCACUCCGGGAUUUACAUCGGAUAUGGAACAUCCUUCACCUUGGGGAAUCAUGUCACGGCAGCUAAUCUCUUUGACCAAGGUUGGAGAGCUUCCUAUUUUCUGGCAGGACUGCCCGGUCUCGCAAUCACAUUUUUAUUCCUCUUCACUGCAAAGGAGCCGGAACGAACGAGAGAUGAAGAUGAAGUGUCCAAGUCUAGCCCAAAAGAAACAACAAAAUGUAAUCAAACUUCUACCAAUUCAGAGAAGAAUAUUAAGCAAGAAACUCAGGCGGUUGGAAAGGAAGAUGAAGGAAAGGAAAUUGAGUUUGAAUCUAAAUCUGCUUGGGAAACGGUAAAAAAUCCAGCUCUGAUUUUCUUGGUCUUGGGUGCUUGUGUGAGGCAUGCAGGGGGAUUUUGCUGGGGUUAUAAUUCCGCCCUGUACUUUAAAACGUACUAUCCCGACACCGACGUGUCUGCCAUGUUGACCAUUAUUUCCAUCGGGGGUGGCGUCACGGGUUGUUUUCUGGGUGGAUGGUUAUCCGACAGUCUUGUCAGUACUAUGGGCAUCUCGGCACGAGCCCUAGUCUUAGGGAUAAGCCAGUUGGUGGCUUUUCCAUUCGCAUUUGCCCAAUUCUUUGUAAGUCCUCCGUUAGCUCUGUACUUUCUUCUUGUUGGAUAUCUCGCAGCCGAAUUCUGGUUCGGAGUAAUGUUUGCCGUCUUGGUGGAACUCGUGCCGGCCAGCAUUCGAUCAAAAUCCGUGGCUGUGGCGCUCCUAUGCAUCAACAACAUCGGUGGAAACACCCCCGUGUUCGUAAACCCCCUCGCUCAUGCGUUCACUUAUCGGACCGCGGUUGUAAUUCUGUAUCCAGGAGCACUUUUUGGAAGUUCUAUUCUGUUCUUUAUAUGCUUCUUCAUUUUACGAGGACAGAAAAUUAAAGCGGAUAAGGGGUCAAGCGCGGUUAAAAUUUCGAGUUAAAACUUUUAUCGUCAAGUACGCGCAAGGACAUUAUUUUCAAAAAUCUUUAUGUUACAUAUAAUAUUAUUUCAAAAUAAAUAUGUAGAUGUAAGAAGGUAAGUCUCAGUCUGCCUCGCACAUUCCCUUGAUUUUCUACAAACGUUGGAAAAUUUGUGGACAAUUUUUUAAAAAGUCUUCAUAGAAUUAUUAAUGUACACAUUUUGAAAAUUACGAUACAAUAUAAAUUCUCCAAAAGAGCGUAAAAUUUGUCGAUUUUUAGAUACAUAUGUAAAUACAAUAAAAUCUUCACUUUUCAAAGAAACGCACGGAGAUAAACACGUUUUAUAAUCGCGAUUUUAAGACAUGGAACAAGGGAAAGGCGAGAUACAAAAAUUCGAAUUCAAAACCCUUAUACACUGCGGCGUUAAUCUCUCCAAUUAUUUAACGAGGAAUCUAUUACACAACUCAAUUAACUUUUCGAACCGAUCAAGCAAUCACAUUCGUUAUCGAUUAUUCAAAUUUGUAUGUACGCAAGCCUAAUUCCUGUAUUCUUCUAUGUAAUGAGAGAUUACUGAUCAUUUCGUCCAUAUCGAUUAGGGAUGGCAACACUUAUCGAUAGUUUCAUACCAAUUAUUACCUUAUCUUCUCCUCCGAUACGUUCCCAAUACCUUCUGUUUAUUUGAAGCACCCAGAAUCCCAUUACAUAUUUACAAAUAAACUGUCGUCAGUCAGGUUUCUAGCUUUCCCAAUAAAUAAGUUUCCAAGUCUCAACUUUUCCAAUAAAAUCGUCACCAUGCAGGUCAUCGUCAUCGUCCUGCUCCUCGUCGCCGGCAGCUUGGCCAACUCCAUCAGGCAAACUCGUGUUUCCAACCCACCAUGUCCCCUUCCCGAAGAAUAUACCGGCCCUGAGGGCCCCUUGAAUAUAACCUACCACCCGAUUCUCGAAAUUCAUGAGGGCGGAAGCCAUGGAGUCUUCACCAUCAACGGGCUGAACACCUACUCGUCCUAUUGGACGAUCGACAUGAUCACGAACAUGUUUACCAUCACACUUGAUAACCUCAGCCUGGACGCGACCUACUCCGCGACCGGUUACCUGGACGCGACGCCCUACUCGCAGGGAUGUAUCCCAUCCGGAAACUUCACUGGUGGCGACACCGCCAGAAUUACGGUUGCCGGACUCCGAGUUGUCGGACAGGCCACGUUUUUCGUCAACCUGGUCAACGACCGUGUCUCGAUCCGUCGCUUGUCCGUGGCUUCCUUUUCCUUCACCGACAUCACGGUCGACCUUGGCGCGAAUUUCCAAAUCGGUUGGGCUCCCGUUGACUGGCCCGCAUUCAAUGGUAACCUCAAGGCUUGCAUGGAUUCUGAAUUUGCCGCCAACAAUCCCGCCAUCGUGGAGAAGUUUAGGCUCGCGAUUAACGAGAAGAUUCAGCAUUACACCAGCGAAGAGUUGUCCGAGCUUAUUGGCAACAUCUGCCCACCAUGAAGUUAUUAAAGUUCUCGGUUGGGAGAAAUUUGUUAUGUUAAAAGCGAGAUUAUUAUCAAAUUCGUGAAUUUUGAAAAUCAAAAAUUGAAUGUCUAAAAUAAAUAUUUAUAUUUGUGCAA